GAUGAGCCGCAGGUAGUGGUGGCGGUCGCAUGGGCAGCCUACCUGACCUGACGGAGCGCUCGCGGCCGGUGGUACGCGCCGCCUCUCGCACCGUGUCUGACCCGCAUCGACACCGCGCAGUCCUUACACAGAUACCAGUGAGCACGAUAUACAAGAAAGAAUGGCCGUGGAAGAAGCCGAAAGCACCCAUCCGAGUAGCAGCGCCGGCCAUCGCGCCUCGCCGGCGAGACUCGGCCGCGUCCUCCGUAGGGGCCGCGUCAGUACGCCGACUCCUAUCACGACAACCCCCCAAGCUCCCGAAGCCCUUAGUCCAGCGAUUUACACUCCUCUGCGUAUCCAGUGGCCUUUGCGCUACAGCUCUUCACCCAUUCACGGCGUUCGCUGGAGCCGAAGCCGGUUCCUUUCCCCUAGCCAUUAUGCACACAGUAGCGGCAAUAACAGCCCCCUUCUCCCCACUAAUACUGCAAAAGACUGGGACAAAAGUCGUAAUUACAAUCGCUCAUACCCUUGUGUGUCUUCUUCUGACAGCUCAUACAGUCGCAACGCCAUUAAGUGUGUUGCUACCUUUGUACGGGCUUUGUGGGGUAGCUCUCUCUCCAAUGUCUCUCGCUUUAGCAGCUUCUGCAACGUCUCUAGCGCAAGCAGCUGGUGAUGAGUGUAGGAGGAAGGUGGCGCUCCGAAGGGCACUGCGCGCGCUCCGAGCGGCGCAGGAUGUGGGGCUCGUGUUCGGGUCGUUGUUGCUGGGUGGCGCUCUGAUCAUCUGGCCGGAGCAGAUCACGCCCCUGACGCCUGCGCCGGCUAAUGUCACCAUUCCGAAGCUGUCGCCUUCGGAAGAAUAUUUUUUGGAGGAUGAUUACGAGGAGCAAACAUGCGGUGCUUCAGGCUGCCCUGACACUCAAUCUACAUUAGGCACAGUACUGAGCGCUGAAGGGCGCCGACUACUGGUGGCUGUGUGGGCAGCCUUAGCCCUGGCGUCAGUAGGGCUCGGAGUGUAUGGGGCGACGUCGACGCCAGCGCCGCCGCCAGACGCCCGCUCUGUGGCUAGGGACCCCCGGGCGAUUCUCGGCGUGCCCAUGGGACUGUUCAUCGGAUUACAACAGGGAUUUAUUUAUACUUCUUAUUUAAAGUGGUACGGAGUAUGUGUAGAUGGAUGGUGGUGUGCGUGGCGAGCGCUGAUCGGCGCCGGUACGCUCCAGGGCCUCGCCGCCGCCACCCUCAGCAUGGCAGCAGCGCGGGGGCGGCGCGUCGCCCUCGCCGCAGGUGGAGGCGCGGCCCACGCAAGUCUCGUGUUGGCAUUACUGCGCUGGCGAGCUGCAAGGACUGAUCUUGCGCUACCUGCCCUGGCGGCUGCGGCUUGGGGCGCUUGCGCAUCGUUGUGGGAUGUUUUACAGGGAGGCAUUUGCAUCGGAGGGCCAGGGUGGCGAGGGCCCUGGUCGGCGGUGAUUUGCGCACGGCACGCAGGUCUCGCGAUAGCGUGCGCGGCACGUCACACCUUGUGCGUACGUGCGCAGCUGCCUGCGCUCGCCAUAGUCCUCGCCAUCGCCCUGGCCACGCACAUUGCCCUAGAACUUAGAUUACGAAGAGGUGAAACAAGCCGCCACAGAUCCUAGCGAAGACCCACAGCAACUCAGCUGGCCUCCUUGGGCCCGCCGUCGGACGCGGCGACCGAGGAG